ACGCGCUCCUCUUACCUGACUUUCUCACUCUAUUCUUCGCCCCCUCACUCUCUCAAACUAUUCCUUUCUCUCUCCACAAAAACAGAUCGUUGAUUGAAAAACAAGAAGGCAACGAAAGCAAUGGAGGAUAUAAAUUUUGGGAAAAAAUAGCAUCGAUUGCAUUUGCUCAAAACCCUAGAUUUUCAACAUCUUAGCUGAAAUCACCUCCUUCAUACAGGUCUCUAAACCCCUCUCUUUACAUGUGUAUUUGUAUGGGUUUCUUCAAUUUUUUCAAUUCAUUGCUGUAAAUCUGUACAUAAAGUAUCAAUUUUUCGUAUUAGGUUCUUAGUUUUGUGGAAUCCUAAUUUCUUAACAGAGGUCAACAGUUUUUGUGAGUUUUGGCUUUGGAAGGUCUAUCGUUAGCAAUUUUGAAUUGUGUGUUCAAAAGGGUAUUUGGAACUUGGAUUGAAUUGUGUGAUAUAUUAUGGAGAAUGAUAUGAGGGAUGAUAUGGUAAUGGAUCUUGAUUUAAACCAGGAACCUUCAGAGCCACCUGGUGGUGUAGGACUAGGAUCUUUAUUGAAUGAGUUGGAAACUGCCCACGGUCAGAUCGAAGAGCGGAUCCGACAACUUGAGGCAGUCACUGCUAGAGCUAGGCAACGCCAGAGGUGGCGACAAUCUCUAAAUCUUCCGGUAGCUAGUAAUAUUUCAACUGAACUGAUUGAUAAUUUGGGUGGUGUAGAAGUGCGUAAUGGGGAGAAUAGUUUAGGUGCCCAAGAAAGGGCAGCUGAUAGGGGCAAAAGUUGCAAAAGGGAUAGCUCCCAUUUGGUUGCGAAGGCGUUGGAAAUCGAUGCAGAUGUUAAGAGGGUCAGUAGUGCAGGUGGGAAUUUUUUCGAUUGUAAUAUAUGCUUUGGCAUGGCAAGAGAACCUAUAUUGACUUGUUGCGGUCACUUGUUUUGUUGGGCAUGCUUUCAUCAGUUGCCAUAUGCCUAUUCGAGUUCUAAGGAAUGUCCUGAGUGCAAGGGGGAGGUGACCGACACAAAUAUUACUCCAAUUUAUGGUACCGGAAACAGUGCCCAUGUGUCGGAGUCUAAGUCUCUCGUGAAGACACCCCCAAGGCCCCAAGCACACCGGAAAGAGAGUGUUAGGCAGCAGCGUGUUAGCCGGGUGGUGUCUCAUAUUCCGGUGGCAGAAGCACUUCGACGUAUUAGGACUGGGAUUAGUUUAACAAGGGAGCGGCCACAGAGACAGGAUCUUGACGGUGUUGGAAACAAUUCUGACAGAACUAGUAUGUUGGCGAGUCGUGCUCCCACUUCCGAGGUGUUGCCCAAUGCAGAGGUAGGCGGCAGCCGGCGCAUCCGAUCCCAUCAGUUUUCGAGGGUUUUAUCCGAAAGUGCUGCUUCACUUUCUUCAAUUUCAUCUGCACUGAGUAAUGCAGAAAGAUUAGUUGAGGACCUUGAAUCUUAUAUUCAUGACCGUGUUCUGCGCAGAACUGAUUCUGAUUCGCAGUUUUUAGGGGACUAUCUUACAAGUAAUUCUGUUGUUUUGCAAUCAGAACAUCAGACUGUGGGUUCCACUGCCGAGAUCAAUUCUUCAGAGCCCCCUUCUUCAUCUUCCUUAAGAGCAGAUGUCUCUGCUGUAGGUGUACACUUGGAAAACCUGACAACAGAUACAGCUCCUGAACUCAAUCUAACCGUGCCCCGUCUUUCUUCAUCUUCCAGGAGAAGAAGUGGUGCUUCUAGGGUUUCUGAUGUAGACAUUGGAUUUCUCCGUGAACGCAGAAGAAGAAGAUUAGGAUGAUGUAGUUUUUUUAAUAGCAAAAAAGAAGAAAGGUGAAAUUGAUACGUCUUCCUUUCCAAAAACUGCAAUUUAGUUGUAUUGCUGAUAAAUGAAGAUUCCUUUGUUUUGAAACACCAUGUUUGGGGAUGCAUAAAAAGUUGCCAACCGCCAAUGUAUGUAAUUUUGAGUUCACUGUGAAAAUCAUUAGUCUCAUACUUGGACAGAUUUGAUUA